ACAAAUCUAACAUAGAACUGCUACUAGUAGACCAUGUUGGAAGUCAAACAUCGCCCUUCAUUCAAGGAACCACAGUGGGGCAUCAACUGGAGCUUCUCUGAGUGGACACCUAGAAGAAUUGGGCGUGUUCGAACCUUCCACUACUUUCUCCUUUUUCUUCCUCCUUUAAAAAAAGUCGAGAAGGAGCAAGUUGCAGAGUCGAGCCAGAGAUUCCUUUCCCCUCUCCAUAGUUUUGUCCCAGAUCUUCAGGAGCAGCUCAAGUCACUGGUUGGGAGGAAACUUGAGAUGAGGGCAGGCAAUGGAGUGUUGUACCCAGUUCUUGGCCUUGCUUCCUGUGUUGCCUUCGUCUACUUGUCCUUUGGGGACCUUGACUGGGACCUGGGAAUCCAUGGCAAGGUAGAAGAGCCUGAGACGAUGAGGUCCUUUGUGAGGAGGAAUGGGACUCAGUUCGCAGUGGACGAGAAGGCCUUCUACGUCAAUGGCUGGAACUCCUACUGGCUGAUGGAUCAGGCAGUGGAGGGUUUCAGCAGGCACAGGGUGAGAGCCAUGUUCCAGACUGGUGCUGCCAUGGGGCUCACAGUCUGCAGGACUUGGGCUUUCAAUGACGGCACCUACAACGCCCUCCAACUCUCCCCUGGUCGAUUCAACGAACGUGUCUUCAAGGCAUUGGAUCGAGUCAUCGUGGAGGCGCAAAGGCAUGGCAUUCGGCUGCUGCUUUGCUUGGCCAACAACUUGGAGGCUUAUGGUGGAAAGACGCAGUAUGUCAAAUGGGCAUGGGAUCAAGGAAUUGGCUUGAGUCCUUCAAAUGAUUCCUUCUUCUUCGAUGCAUCCAUUCGAAGAUACUUCAAGGCUUACAUAAAGGUUAUAUUGACAAGGAAGAACCACUUAAAUGGCAUUCAGUAUAAAGAUGAUCCUACAAUUUUUGCUUGGGAGCUAAUCAAUGAACCGAGAUGCAUGACUGAUGCAUCCGGUGAUACACUUCAGGAAUGGAUUGAAGAAAUGGCAGAAUAUGUGAAAUCGAUCGACAAAAACCAUCUCUUGACCGUAGGACUUGAGGGAUUUUACGGCCCCGUGAGUCCUCUGGAGAAGUUGGGUGUCAAUCCUGCACCAUGGUUUAGCACACUUGGCUCGGACUUCCUCCGAAACUCCAGAGUAUCGCACCUCGACUUCGCUUCGGUUCAUGUCUAUCCAGACCAGUGGAAAGUAGGCAAAGGGCUAGAAAAGAAAAUGAAGUACAUCUCAAAGUGGUUGGUCUCUCACAUUGAGGACGGUGACAAGGAACUAAAGAAGCCUGUGUUGUUUGCCGAAUUCGGGCUAUCGGAUAAGAACAAGGACUUCGAUCACGCCCACCGCGAUGUGUUCUACAAGUCCAUCUUCGACAUCGUAUACGAAUCUGCCAAGGAAGGAAGGGCCGGCGCCGGAGCCAUUGUGUGGCAGCUUUUAGUCGCCGGCAUGGAGGAUUACAAGGAUGAUUUUGCUAUCGUGCCUGAGGAGAGGCCUUCCAUGUACAGACUGAUCAAGAAGCAGUCAUGCAGGCUGGUGAAACUGAGUCACGGCAAGGAUUUGCUCGAGAACAAGUUGGGCAAACUGUGUUCAUGAGUACCAAUUGCUCCUCGAUUUCUUCUUGUAAUUCAAGAUAAAGAGAUGAACUAAAGAUCAGCUGCAAAAUUUUAUGUGGAUGUUUUGUUGAAUACAUUCAAAUACAGUUACUAUUUGUUUUGAUCACAUCCUAUUUGGAUCGACUUUUGCAACAUCAUAGAACUUGAUAUAUAU